AAUACACGUUAAUUUUUUACUUUUAGAGAGACAGGGUCUGCUAUAUUUACCAGGGUGGUUUUGAACUCCUGGCCUCAAGCUAUCAUUCCACCUUCUCAGCCUCCCAAAGUUCUGGGAUUACAGACAUAAGCCACUGCACCCAGCCUGUGUUUUUAUUUAACUCAAUUAAUGACAGAAUCAGUGAGAUGUUACAACUGGUUCAAAGGAGAAUUCCGAGUAGGAACAUAUUUAACACAUCAGCAAUGUUGAAAUUAAUCUGCUUAAAUAGAUGUACUAGAACAAUCUGCAUUCCUAUCAGUUAUCUACAAUUUACAGAGUCUUAAAAUAGCUCAAAGGGAGGGACCCCCACAGAAUCAGAAAACCUGGAAGAGUAUGAGAGACAACCCCGUUGAAUUUACUCAGUAAUUUUUGUGGGUCCCCUUUAAAGUCUUUCACAAUUUUCCCUUACAAAAUAAACUUUAUUCAUUGCAGUUGAUUGCUAUACGUCUUAAGUUUCUUUUAUUCUAGAGGUGCCCCCUCCAUCUCUUUUUUUUCUUUGUCACUGUCCAAUAACUGAUCAUUUGUCCUUUAAUCUCACCAUCUGGAUUUGCUGGUUGUGCCCCCAUGCUGUCUCUAACAUAUUCCUCUGUUUCUGUGUUUCCCUCUGGACUCCCAGUCCAGAUUUGUGGACUCUUCAGGCUCUCCCUGUUCUGGGCUCUGUUCCUAUGUCCCACACCCCAGAUCUGCAGUCUUGGGCAAAUUCAGGCACUCCUUGCCUCACCUGGGCGGCUGACUGCAGCAGACUGCGUCUCCGUUCCCCUCCCAAGUCUGUGGAUCCCAGGCUCUACCAUGUUAAAGUCGGAGGGCUGACACUCCGGCCUUGGUGGUUGUGAGGAAGCUACUGGUCCACCCUUCAUACCAUGGGACCACUACCAGUGAGGAUGUUGCCCUGAUGCAGCUGGACUCCCCCUUGCGGGCCUCUGAUUUUUCCAGAAAAGUCUAUCGGGGGUACACACCAGUUGACUGUCUCCUAGUGAUGAGCUAGCUGUUGAGGAUUAUUCCCUAGACCAAUUAGUCCAUUAGAUUGCAACAUGGUGAUAUUCCUCUUCCAUUUAUUAGCAGAAAUUUCUCCAUAAAGAGAAACUUUUCAUCAUCUAUUUAUUUUUGUUGCCUCUUUCAUUCUAUUUUUUAAAAUGUUUAUGUUUUUGGCAUCUAUUUAAUUAUCCUCAAAAUAAUGAACUAUUUCCUUAGCAUACUCCAAAACUGAUAAAGGUUUUUUUUGUAAUAUUAUGAACUCAUGGAUUUCUUUCUUUCUUUUCUUUUCUUUUCUUUUUCUUUUUUUUUUUUUUUUUGAGAUGGAGUCUCGUUCUGUCGCCCAGGCUGGAGUGUAGUGACGCGAUCUCGGCUCACUGCAGCCUCUGCUUCUGGGUUAACGUGAUUCUCCUGCCUCAGCCUCCUGAGUAGCUGGGAUCAUAGGUGCCACCACCACGCCCAGCUAAUUUUUGUAUUUUUAGUAUAGAUGGGGUUUUGCCAUGUUGGCCAGGCUGGUCUCGAACUCCUGACCUCAGGUGAUCUGCCCGCAUCGGCCUCUCACAGUGCUGGAAUCACGGGCGUGAGCCACCGCACCCGGCCUUAUUUCACGUAUUUAAAUCACUCCAAGUUAUUGCCCACAGUGAUGCUCCAAGUGUCCCAUUGUCAGCCAGUGAGAACGUCUUUUGGUUGGCUCCUGAGAGGGACCACCCAUUUUCCAGACCCUCCAGGGCCUGAGGCCAGGCUGAGAUGAUGCUCACAGGACUCGCAUACUGACCGGAACCCCGCCCGAUCGCACAGGAAGUCCGCCGGAAACUCUCUUGGAGCCCACCAGAAGUUUAGCGAACCACCCUCAACUUCCGGAAGAGCGCAGGAAGUUUGCCGGAAGAGCGCGGGAAGUUUGCCGGAAACGGACAGAAAGGAGUCCCUGCGACCGCGUAGCCUCCUGCAGCGCCCCCUGUUGGCAGAGUCGUAGCGAGGCCGAGAUGAGGUCCGUGACGUGGCUGCGUGAGCAUCCCGGCUGCCUGUGGAUGAGUGGGCGUGGGGCUGAGAGGCGACGACAGUGGGGAGCUUCCUCAGCGAUCCUGGGCUUCUCGGGUCAGGCCAACUUCAGUCCGGGCUGGAGGCCGUGCACAACACCAAGCGCAUGGUGGGGUCCUCAGCUGCCUCGGGACUGGCUCUGCCUCUGCCCCUGGCCCUGAGAUGGGGGCCAAAGGUUUUGGGCAGUGGCAGCAGCAGGAGGAAGUAGCACCUGGAAAACGUGUCUCCUGAGUCGACCCUUCCUGUCUGGGGGGGGCCGAACCCUGGCUGUCUUUGUUCCCAUAGCAACGAAUAGGGCUCCCCUAGGUUCCAGCCCCUUAGAUACGGUGUGCCCCAGGAGGGCUCUGCAGGAGCUACAGGUCCUUCUGGUGGGAAGGGAGGCGCGAGGUGGGCUGGGGCAGCCCGGCUGGCCUGUGUGGAGACAUCACACUUCCUGGUUGGGGACAGGGUGAAGAGGGUUGGUCCCCACCUCUGCCUUGAGCAGAGCUUCUAGUGGGUGAAGCAGUGGGGGUCUCCUGCCUGCCGGAAGGCUGGGUGGGGCUUCCACAUCGCAGCCCAGUAGGGUGGACUGACCGGUCUUCUGACCUCUGGCUCCUUGGAGGGACUGGCCUGAGGUGGGCCCUGGCAUCCCCAGCCUCCUCUCAACCACCUCCCUGGAACAUGCGGGACAGGAGCCCAAGCGGCAUCUGGGGAGGGCGGGUUCUGCCAGGCACAGAGGGCUCCAGCGUGAUUGCCACUGGUUAAUGACCUGCCACCCCCGCCCCCCCAACCUCUGGUGCCGUCCAAGGACUCUGACCCCAGUGCAGUGUCUGUAGGGAAGAGGAGCCAUGGGGCUUCGGGCAGGCCCCAUCCUGCUUCUGCUGCUGUGGCUGCUGCCAGGUGAGGGAUGCGCCUCUGUCUUCUCCUCCCUCCCACCCCCUGCCAGCCUGUGUGCUCCCCUUUGCUCUCUUGCUUUCCAGGGGCUCAUGGGGAUGUGCUGCCUUCAGAAUGCGGCCACUCCAAGGAGGCCGGGAGGAUUGUGGGAGGCCAAGACAGCCAGGAAGGACGCUGGCCGUGGCAGGUUGGCCUGUGGUUGACCUCAGUGGGGCAUGUAUGUGGGGGCUCCCUCAUCCACCCACGCUGGGUGCUCACAGCUGCCCACUGCUUCCUGAGGUCUGAGGAUCCCAGGCUCUACCAUGUUAAAGUUGGAGGGCUGACACCCUCACUUUCAGAGCCCCACUCGGCCUUGGUGGCUGUGAGGAGGCUCCUGGUCCACUCCUCAUACCAUGGGACCACCACCAGCGGGGACAUUGCCCUGAUGGAGCUGGACUCCCCCUUGCAGGCCUCCCAGUUCAGCCCCAUCUGCCUCCCAGGACCCCAGACCCCCCUCGCCAUUGGGACCGUGUGCUGGGUAACGGGCUGGGGGUCCACCCAGGAGAGAGCCCUGGCGAGUGUCCUUCAGGAGGUGGCUGUGCCCCUCCUGGACUCGAACAUGUGUGAGCUGAUGUACCACCUAGGAGAGCCCAGCCUGGCUGGCCAGCGCCUCAUCCAGGACGACAUGCUCUGUGCUGGCUCUGUCCAGGGCAAGAAAGACUCCUGCCAGGGUGACUCCGGGGGGCCGCUGGUCUGCCCCAUCAAUGAUACGUGGAUCCAGGCCGGCAUUGUGAGCUGGGGAUUCGGCUGUGCCCGGCCUUUCCGGCCUGGUGUCUACACCCAGGUGCUAAGCUACACAGACUGGAUUCAGAGAACCCUGGCUGAAUCUCACUCAGGCAUGUCCGGGGCCCGCCCAGGUGCCCCCGGAUCCCACUCAGGCACCUCCAGAUCCCACCCAGUGCUGCUGCUUGAGCUGCUGACCGUAUGCUUGCUUGGGUCCCUGUGAACCAUGAGCCAUGGAGUCCGGGAUCCCCUUUCUGGUAGGAUUGAUGGAAUCUAAUAAUAAAAACUGUAGGUUUUUUAUGUGUA